GGUUGGUGGAGAACGGCUGCAGCAGCAUUUAAAUUCCGGGAGAUCUCGGCUGUCAGCAGCAGGGAGAGAAGGCAGGAAGUUCAGCAUCUCCUGGGACUGGACUCUUCUCCGGCCAGCUGCAGCCGUCUCAGCCAGACACCACCAAGGAAAAAUCACGACCAUGAGAAUUGCGGUGAUUUGUUUUUGCCUCUUUGGCAUUGCCUACGCCCUACCCGUUAAACCGGCUGAUUCAGGCAGCUCUGAGGAAAAACAGCUUUACAACAAAUACCCAGAUGCUGUGGCCACGUGGCUCAAGCCUGACCCAUCUCAGAAGCAGAAUCUCCUAGCACCACAGAAUGCCGUGUCCUCUGAAGAAACUGAUAACUUUAAACAAGAGACCCUUCCAAGUAAAUCCAAUGAGAGCCAUGACCACGUGGACGACGUGGAUGAUGAAGAUGACGAAGACGAUGGAGACCACGCGGACAGCCACGACUCCGAUGACGUCGAUCAUCCUGACGAUUCUCAUCAUUCUGACGAGUCUCACCAUUCCGAUGAAUCCGAUGAGGUGGUCACUGAUUUUCCCACUGACACUCCCAUAACCUCCGUUUUCACUCCACCUGUCCCCACAGAAGACACAUACGAUGGCCGAGGUGACAGUGUGGCUUAUGGACUGAGGUCAAAAUCCAAGAAGUUCCGCAGACAUGACGUCCAGUUUCCUGACUCUACAGAGGAGGACCCCACCUCACGUAUGGAAAGCGAGGACUCGGAUGAUGCACGCAAGGCCGUCCCCAUUGCCCAUCGCCUGAAUGUGCCUUUUGCUUGGGAAAGCCUUGGGAAGGACAGUCAUGAGACGAGUCAAAUGGAUGACCAAAGUGUGGAAACCCACAGCCACGAGCAAUCCAGAUUACACAAGCGGAAGGCCGAUGAUGCCAGCAAUGAGCAUUCCGACAUGAUUGAUAGUCAGGAGCGUUCCCACAGCCGUGAAUUUCAUAGCCAGGAAGACAGGCUAGUCCCAGACCCUAAGAGUAAGGAAGAAGAUAAACACCUGAAAUUUCGCAUUUCUCACGAAUUAGAUAGUGCGUCUUCUGAAGUCAAUUAAAAGGAGAGAAAAAUACAAUUUCUUACUUUGCUUUUAGUACAAAGAAAAAAGAAAGCAUUAUUGCAGGAUGAGAGAAUAUGAAAUGCUUAUUCCUCAUUUUUGUGGGUGAAUGUAUAUGCAUAUGAACCUGGAAAUAAAUGUGCUUGAUCAUUAGUUUAGUUUGUGGCUUCGUGAUAACAUCCUUGUAAACUAAAAGCUUCAGGGUUUUGUCUAUGUCCUUUCCAUAGAAGAAAUGCAAACUAUCACUGCAUUUUAAUGUUUGUUAUUCUUUUAUGCACAGAAAUUUAUAUAGAAGCAAACCAAAUACUUUUACACAAGAGAUUAUAACAUUUUAUGUCACUGAAGUCUUUUGUUUUUUAAAUUAGUGUAUAUUUUGUUGUGAUUAUCUUGGUCGGUGUGAAUAAAUCUUACAUGGCGAAUGUA